AUGAACCGCCUCGCCAUCCUACUGCUGGUGUUCCAGAACGCCAAAACUUUACAGAGUAAGCCCAUCAGAGGACAGGUGAUUAGCGUUAAGUCAGGAACGCAGACGCGGCACUUUGGUUUGGGUGGAAUGGGCGGUUACGGCGGUUUUGGCGGUUACAGUGGUUAUGGCGGUUACGGCAGUUAUGGCGGUUAUGGUGGAUAUGGUCAUGGCCAUAGAUAUCCUUAUGGACAUCACCAUGGUCGAAGUUAA